GAAUUUGGAGUAUUUUAAAUGGACAUGCGCGCGAUAGUUUGCCGACUGUUGAUAACUGAGCGCUGAUGAAAACAAAAGAAAAAAGAAAAAUGGUGGUCGAUAUGGAACUCCAAGAAGCAAAAGAUGCGGUUCUUCAGCUUAUGAAGGAUAAAGAUAAAAUUGAAUUGGAGAUACGUAUGUUUAAAGAUAUAUUGGAUAAUAACCAUGUGGGUAUGAAUGAUGCUUUGGUAGAUUCUGAAGGAUUUCCAAGACAGGAUAUUGAUGUCUAUCAAGUCAGACAUGCAAGGAAUCGGAUAAUAUGCCUUACAAAUGAUCACAAAGCGUUGAUGACAAAAAUAGAAACGGGUUUACAUAAAGUACAUUCUUUAUCUGGAAAUCAAGUACAGGAGGCUUCAACAUCCAGCGAUAUCGUUCAACCAUUUUCAUCUGAACCUUUUUUGAGAGUAAAUUUAGUUUCGCCUUCUUCUCCAGCCGAACUAGCAGGGAUUCAAGUCAAUGAUUUGAUCAUUGAGUUUGGUUCUAUUAAUUAUAGGAAUUUCAAAUCCUUAAAGGAUAUCGCAACAUUAGUUGAGCAUAGUAGAUAUAAGUCUUUAGAUAUAAAACUUAAGCGUGGAUCAGAUAUCUUAGCCCUGACUUUAAUACCACGUCCUUGGAUUGGCAAAGGUUUAAUGGGAUGUAAUGUAAUACCUCUGGAAAUUGUUGAAAGAUAAAUUGUUAUUUUAUAAAUUAUAAGAAACUUAAUAUAUAUAUAUAUAUAUAUAUAUAAAAUUAUUUUUAUGUGUAUUUAAAUUGUCAGUAAAUUAAUAUUUAUAAAAUAUCAUUUUUAUACCGUUGCAUAUUUCAAUUCCUUCAUUAUCAUAUUGUACAUUUAAUAACGAAUCUAGAUAAAUUUCUUAUAAUCCUUGGAAGGGGCUUUGGUAAUUAGCAUUGUAACUCGAUAAAGAUAAUCCAUCUGAGUGAGUUUUUAGUCAGCAUUCCUUGACAGUCGGCACAGUAUAUAAUGGAAAUAACUCUGUUGAAUGUUAGUUAAUGGAAAGUGGUGUCAGCAAGAUGAAUACCCAGGUAAUCGUAACAUUUUGUUUAUUCGUUCUCGUUUUUGGGGUAUCAUGCGAGUCUACGUCUUUUGAACAAUCUAGUUCGAUACCCUUGACGUUUGUUUAUGCUGUAUAUCCGUUUUAUAAUUCUGAAACGCUCCUUCAAGUUUGGAAAAAUGACGAAUCCGCUGAAGUUUACGCGAAUGUAGUCACAGUGAAUCCUGAUGAACAGGAAUAUACUAUUUUGAAUGCCGGUAGUACGAUCUCACGCAACGAAACUACGAAUCCUAACGUGAACAGGAACUCCCAAGUUUUAAAAAACGAUGCUGAAAAUGUGAACGCCGAUCGUUUGUCACAGACUAGACAGCAACUUCGUAAUUACAAAACUUGGCGCAGGAGUACAAAUUUUCAAAAUGAAUAACAGAUCUGUAAGAUAUUUGAUGGAGGAUGGAUUGGGAUUUACGAAAUAAUUAUGCUGGUAUAUGUAUUUUGAAUAUGUAUUAAGUGCUUUGUAGUGAAAGUUAUUAAACGCAAAUGAUAUUAAAGAUAAAA